AGUCUUGGUUAACAGUUAGCCAAUUUUAAAAAAUUUCAAUUUAUACAAAAUCAUUUGAUUAAAUGGUUACUUUAAUUUCAACGUAGUUUUUUAAAUGACAUAAGCUGCAUUAUUUUUUACUCUGUGUAAAGAUCAACGCCAUUCAGUGGAGAAACAAGCUUUCAGUUUACAUUUUCUGUUUCUAACCAUUUGAGAGUUGAGUUCAUACAGCUUGGAUUGUUAACUUGUUUUUUUUAUAAAUAGCCAAAUUAUAGUUUAUUAUUAUUGCUUAAUGUUUUUUAAUUGAUCUUUUAUAAUCAUGGAACUACAUGAUGUGAAGUAUUUUCCAUUCAGUUCACUGAUUGAAACAUCAUUUUGGCACACUCUAUCACAAAAUAAAUUGAAUGUUUACAAAUUGGAUGAAAGUGAAAUUCCAUUACAAGCCUUUUACAGGAAUGAUUCAUCAGCUGGUCUUCCACCAAUUGUAUCUCUGGAUUUUGAAUCUUUUGAAAUCAAAGACUCAUGGGAUGACAGCAAAAAAUUUCCUAUUUAUGGUACCAUGAUAAUUGCGAAUACAGUAGAGGAUUUUAAAGCUUUAGAUAAAACAGUUUUAACCGAAAAAAUUGGAAAUCAGAUUUGGAAUGGUGUUAGAAGCUCGGAACUGGUGGAUAACCUUCCAUCUCUCCUGUCUCGUUUCAUACUUGUUGUAUACGCGGAUCUGAAAAAAUAUCAAUAUUAUUAUUGGUUCUGUUUCCCAGCCCUUUGUUAUCCCAAAGAAUCUAUAAAAUGCUCACAAGGAAAAAUUUUAUCUGGUCUAUAUCCAGAAACAGUGAUUUCCUCUCUGAUGUCCCAACAUAAAGAAUUAUCAAUAUCUGAUCGUAGUUAUUUCCUGACAACUAUAUCUGACGACAAUCGUGUAAAUGUUUAUCCUCUAGAAGAAUACUCUAAUUUAAGUAAAUCGUCUGAUAAGUUAUUCGUUUCAUUUGCUGAUCCUAGCUCAGAUGAUGAAUAUCCCGGAUGGCCUCUUCGUGGUCUACUCGCUUAUAUGAUUCAACGUCAUGAAAUCAAAACUCUUGAUAUUUUAUGUUAUCGUAUACGCAAUAAUUCUGCUGGGUCUAGUCUAAUUUUACAUCUAGAAUUGGGUGAUACAGAUCGGAGCAUAGCAGAGUAUCCAGGAGCUGUUGGCUGGGAGAAAAAUGAAAAACAAAAGCUUUUACCUAGAAAAGCUGAUUUAAGUGCAACUUUGGAUCCAAAAAUAUUAGCAGCUAACUCAGUGGAUCUGAAUUUAAGAUUAAUGAGAUGGCGUCUUAUCCCCGAUCUUGAUUUGGAUAAAAUUUCAUCAACUAAAUGUUUACUUCUUGGAGCCGGUACUUUAGGUAGCAAUGUUGCUCGCUGUUUACUGGCUUGGGGUGUCCAUCAAAUCGAUUUUGUUGAUUCAGGAAAAGUAUCAUUUUCCAAUCCAGUUCGCCAAUCAUUAUUUGGAUUCAGUGACUGUCUCAACUCAGGUCGACCUAAAGCCGAAGCUGCUGCUGACAAUUUAGCCAAAAUUUACCCAAAUGUUAUCAGUAAAGGCUAUUCUUUAACCAUUCCAAUGCCAGGUCAUGCCUCAUUUGCAGCAGAUGCUGAGGAGACUCAAAAGACAGUCAAUUUGCUGGAAGAUUUAAUUAAAGAACAUGAUUGUGUAUUUUUAUUGAUGGACUCGCGUGAAAGUCGCUGGUUACCAACUGUACUCGGUCAAAUUCAUCGAAAACUUGUUAUCAAUGCUGCUCUUGGGUUUGAUACAUAUUUAGUACAAAGGCACGGUGUACCAUUCCCAGAUGACGAUUUAACUUCUGAUUCAACUGGGGAAAUAAGUCGUAAAUUAGGUUGUUAUUUUUGCAAUGAUGUCGUCGCACCAGGAGAUUCUUCCAGAAAUCGAACUUUGGACCAACAAUGUACGGUUACCCGACCUGGUGUUUCAAUGAUAGCAGGCUCACUAGCAGUUGAAUUAAUGAUCUCCGUUCUCCAACAUCCCUUAGGAUUCCAUGCAACUGUAAAUACUGAUUUAUCUGGCAAUUCAACAUCAACUGCUGAAUGUAUGCUCGGAAUAAUUCCUCAUCAAAUUAGAGGAUUUCUAUCUCAAUUUACACAAUUCAUGCCAACAAGCCACGCAUUUGAUUUGUGUACUGCUUGUUCACCCACAAUUAUUCAAACCUAUAAGAGUCAAGGUUUCCAAUUUUUGGCUAAAGUGUUUCGAGAUUGUAAUUACUUGGAAGAGUUAACCGGACUUAAAAAGCUUCAAGACGAAACUAAUUUGGACGAUGUUAUGGCUUUAAGUGAUAAUGAAAGUAUUUAAAAUUGAGGAGAAAGAUAAAAAGAGGAAUAAGCAUAAGAUCGUUUUAACAGUCGUCAAUUAGUAAUAAAGAUGAGAGCAGCAGAAAUAUGUUGAUUAAGUUGAAAGAUCAAUAGCAAUGGAAUCCAUUUUUUGCAUCUUCAGCGAUUCGUUUUGCUUCAAGUCAUUCAGUCCAUCCGAAGCAACUGAGUACUUAUCAGAAGGGUAACUCAUUUUCUUGUUUUAAUAACUUGUUUAGAAACAACAGCAAAAAAACGAAGCAUAAAAAAAGUAUAAACGACGUCAAUUAUGUUGAUAUUUUAACCAAGGAUGGACAGAACGGAAAGUUUUUCUCAAUUUUCCUCGUUUUCUUGCUCCAAGGCGUAUGAACUUUGCUUGUCUUCCUUUUCUUUCUUCUUUCUGAACAUUUUUCUUUCUUUAAAAAUUUAUACAUUUUAUAAAAAAUCAAUGCGUUAGUUACAUCAAUAAGAAGCCUAAAUAAAUAAAGUGGCCAAAAACGGAUCCCUUUUUUACUUAAA